UCUAAAAGCCAUGCUUCUCAUUUUCAUUAUUUUGUUGUGAUGGUUGGGAAGGGAGGUAGAAAAUAUACUUAACAAGCACCUCUAACUCUGACUGUUAUUUUCCCCCCUCAGGGCUGCCCAUCCUUAGCCUGGUGUGGUCAUGGUGAUGAAGCAGGGAACCCAGCUGUUGGUUUUGGAUUCGAAUUUCACCAAGUGGGAGAGUUUAAAAAGUUAUGUUUACAAAAGAGAAAGUUUUUGUAUAAAAUACUUUAGGAGGUUUUUCAUUGUUAUUCUCUUAUUCUGUCUUGCUUCAGUUCAGAAUUUCCUUGUCAGGCAAGAUAAGGGACUAUGCUUAUCUAUUAAUUUUUUAAAAAUUCUUGUAGGAGAUGAAGAUACAGAUAAUUUAGGGACUGUUCAAAUCGAUACACCCAAGCCAGAUAAACUUAAAGAGAAAGCUCCACAGUGGUCUAAAAGAUGCGGGCUACAGAAUUCUAAGAAGGAGAAUACAGAAGAAAUGCUGACAUUAUCUCGUGGGGAUGAGAUUCGGUGUCAUGAUUCUUAUGAGAAAGAUGUCAAGUCAGAGAAAUGGGAAGAUUCUACAGGAAAAGAAGGGAAAACCUUACCAAGGAGGAUGGGUUCAGGAGAACAUGUCAACACCUCUGUCCAUUCAUCCUCUGGAGAGAAGCCCUAUACAUGUUCUAAGUGCAGAAAAAAAAUGUUCAGCAAUAAUUCUCACCUGUGGGCACACCAAAGAACACACUUGGGAGAAAAACCAUAUACAUGUUUUGAAUGUGGGAAAUGCUUUUGUAACAGUUCCCACCUGAUUCAGCAUUUGAGAACACACACAGGGGAGAAGCCCUUCCUGUGUAAGGAGUGUGGGAAAAGCUUCAGCUAUACCUCCCAUCUUAUUAUCCAGAGAACUCACACAGGAGAGACACCUUACAAGUGUCCUGCCUGUGGAAAGGGUUUCAGUACCAGCUCUCACCUAAUUCAGAUCACAGACCGGUAAGAGGCCAUAGGGAUGCCCUGUGGUGGAAAAGGCUUCAGUCACAGCUAUGUUCUAAUAGAACACAGGAGGACUCACAUUGGAGAAAAACCCUAUAGAUCUGGUUGUGGGAGGAGCUUCAGUCACAGUUCCAGCCUGAUCAAGCACACAUGUGAAAAGCCCUAUCUGUGUCUUGGGUGUGGAGGAGGCUUUGGUUGUAAUUUGACUCUAACAAAGCACCAGAGAAUACACACAGGAGAAAAACCCUAUCACUGUCCAGAAUGUGGAAAGACUUUUAGUCGAGGUUCAAACACCCCAGAAAAUGUACACAAAAAAAAAUCCUCUGGAAAUACCGAAUGUGAAGAAAGUGUGCAUCAGAGCUACAGCGUGAUGGAAGAGUGCAGAGUCCAGCUAGGACAGAAACUAUGUAAAUGCUGUGGCUAUGGAAAGAGUUUUAGCCUUAGCUCCCACUUUAGUAGACACCAGAGAACACACAGUGGAGAGAAGCCUUACUGGUGUUCUGAGCGCUGGAAGACUUUCAGUCAGAGCUCUAUCCUAGUCUUUCACCAAAGGACAUACUUGGGAGAGAAGCCUUAGUGGUGAGUCCUUCAGUCAGAGGUUCAUCUGAUCAGGCACCAGAGACCCCACAGAGGAGAGAAACCUUACCAAUGUGCUGACUGCGAGAGACACUUCAGCAGGAGUGCACACCGUCAGCACCGCAAGACCCACAUCCAAGUCUUUUCAACCCCUCAGGUCGGGGAUUUUCUUCAUGAAUGGACAAGAAGCUGUUCAGGAGAAAUGGUCCCGAUCCUUCCAUUUGCAGCCUCAAAUUCUUCUUGA